AUGAAUGAAUUACACACAUAUGAUACUUCUGUGGAAUCUGACAAAUUUUCAGAAUUUAUUAUAUACCUUGUUAGUUUCACUGAGGGCCUCACUUCCCUCGCUAGUCUCUCAGUAUGCUAUUUGUUUAAGGAUGAUCUGAAGCUCUCACCACCAGAGGUGUCAAUCAUCUUCACAAUCCCGGCUCUGCCAUGGAUAUUUCGCAUUUUAAUCGCUUUCUGCAUAGAUUUUAUCUCUAUUGCCUCCAGUAAUAGGAGAUCAUAUUUGAUGUUGUUUUCAGCCCUUCAGGCGUUGGGGUAUUUGGGCCUCGCGAUAGUUCCGCUAUCGCUUUUUGCCUGCAUAAUUUCCCUAGUUCUAAUAUCAACAGGUUGCGCCUUUUGCACUACUGUAGCGGAAGGACUGGUUGUAAAGAACAUUGGAGGUAAUUCUAGGAAGGGUUGUGAGAUAAUCGGAGAUUUUAUGACGGCGAAGGCCGUUGCAAAUUUACUCGUUGCCUAUUUUUCAGGUUACCUACUGGAGUAUUUCUCCAAAACAUAUAUUUUUGUUGUAACGGCUACUUUCCCCCUUAUGAUCACUGUCAGUUCAUUCUUCAUGAAUGAAAAACCGACUGUUCCACCAAAAUGGCCCGGACUCGAAACCCAAUUUAAUAGGGUUCUCAUUUUCCUUUCAUCACCACAAUUAUUACCUAAGGUGUUGUAUAUUUUCCUAUACACUGCUGGGCCGGAUUAUGAUGACGCACUAUUCUUCUAUUGUACAAAUGAACUUCAUUUUGAUGCGAGGUUUAUGGGAAUUCUGAGAUUAUCUUAUGCAAUAGCAUCGUUACUAGGGGUUCAACUUUACAGGCGCUUUUUUUGGAAGAAUAAGUUCAAUAAGGUCAUUUUUAUUUCAAAUAUGAUUACCAUACCCCUGUACAUAUCGCCCAUAAUAUUGGUCACUAGGUUGAACAAAAAACUACACAUAUCGGACAAAAUGUUUUUUCUUAGCGGGGGGUUUUUAGUAGAAGCCACGUCUGAAAUACAAAUUUUACCCCUUCUAUCUCGUAUAGCCCAAAUCUGUCCUUGCGAUUUGGAAUCGUCUGUUUUGGCAGCUAUGCUAAGCAUUAGGUCAAUUGGCAAGGUAAUAUGCAAUUCAUUAUCUGCCAUGAUGAGCUACAUGUUUGGGAUAACUGCUAACAAUUUCAAGCAACUUCCUGCCUUCAUCAUCGUCUGCUCCAUCUUUGUCAUUUUGCCCCUGCUACUGCUCCCAUUAAUGGAGAAGGAACACGACCAACAGGGCAAUUAUAAUGAGACAUUUAUCCCAUUAUCGGAAUCUGAAUCUUUACAAUUUUGUGAAGAGAAUAUUGGAAUGCCAAUUAAGGCAUAUUAA